AUGCCUCAGCCCAUCCCUGCCAUGCGCCCGAAUAAUGAAGCCGUCUGCGAGCGCCACCGCAGCAACGACAGAGACGACAGUCGUGGUCGCCACCUCCAAACCCUGGUAUUGAAGCGCGCACACCAGGACGCCGUAGCUGAUUUCGCGAAGCCCCUUGACGUAGACCAGGGGCGUCGGCCCCUCACGCUGCGUGGCCAGGGCGCGCCGUUGUGGCUACAGGGGCAGGCCGAAGCGCUCGUGCUCGUGGGCGGGCGAUCUGAAGCUGUUGAGGCUGAGGAUGAUGCAUAG